UAUUAUGAGGGGACCUAGGCACCGCUCGGACCAUCAAUGCCCAAACAACUAUUUACAAAUUAUGUUAUUUACAUGAUACCCGGUUUCGCAAUAUUACAUUCAUCAAUACUAUCCAAUUAUAGAUGCAGUUAUUCGUAUCGCCCAGCACGGCUUUAGACAAUGCGAGCAACACGGUCAAUGAACAGACAUCCCUCGAGGACAGAAUAUAAAUUAAAGAUACGGCCACUUUAACAUGGACAGUUACGUACGAGACUCUUUUCUUCCUUACUUUUCUCAACACAUCCCAUUACGCAACAUGGCGAAUCAAGUCAGUCUUCUUGCUUAUCUGCAACAUGGCCCACCAAGAAUACCGAUCAUUGAACAAGGGCAAUCGACGGAUAACACCACGAACACAAGAUACUCCGCGGAUGAUAUCACAUAUGUUGGGCAUUGGGCAACUUUCAACUUGAACACGAUUUUGCAUCAGCAUCAGGCUGUACUCACAAACAGUCGGCGAGAAGAUGAGGCGAUGCCCUUAUCACCUCCGCAAGCGAUCAACUCGGAGCCAGGUCUUCGGCAACGUUUUUCAUUCUAUAUGAACCAAAGGGUCCGCAGAGCUCUCCGUAGUGGCUUUGACUUUUUGACAACGAACAACCAGUUGGCCAACCGUACUGUUGUGGAUUUCGGAGAAGGAAACUUGGCGCAACUCAUCGAGCAGUUCACACCUGAUACCGCAUACUACGAUCCACUUCUCCCGGCCCCGACGAGACCGAACCGAGUUCCAGGAGAUCUGAAGCCCUCUUUUAAAUGGUCUCUCGCUCUGCGGAACAGCCCAACUCCAUAUGGAAGAAAGCAGUUCAAACAAGCCCUGGCCCAAGUCAACUAUUAUAUGAAGCAGCAUGAGACUCAUUUUGGAUUUAUCCUCACUGAUCGUGAGCUUGUCGCAAUUCGACGCCUCGAUCGUAACGGAAGGUUGGAGUUAUCUGAUUCCGUUUCAUGGAUUACCAAAGGAAGUGAAUGCCAGCCGCGCCUUACGGUAUUGCUCGCCUUGUGGUACUUGGGGAUGCUUGCGUCGGAUAACCUACAAUGGCAUUUACCUUAGAAUCCAACAGCAGAUUGACUUAGCCAGAAUUUCCGAGAUGAUUCGAUCAACUUCCGCCAAUUCUCCUUUACUUUUCCACGCGCUUCCCUUUGCUUUGUGUUUCUUUGGAAAUUAUCAUCAGAGACUAGCUGCUUCAACAUCAGUAUAGGGGCGGGUGCUUGAACUAUCAACUGGUCAAGCUGUGUCUUAAGUGCUGUGUGUAUAUUUUUAUUUUAGGAACUUAAUAUCAUUCGUGAUAAAUACUAUAAAAUUACUUCUUGGUAUUUCAUACGGAUGAAAGGAUUGAGAAACGAAAAUUACAUGCGAUCAGUAUUUGGAGAAAAGUUGUUCAUACCGGGCAGUUGAAUGAAAGAACGCAGUGCCUGUCACAGUGGGCCUGCAUGGGAUCCAUGCAGUGGCUCUGGCAUAUGGUCAUCUUGCUGACGUUGUAGCCCAAGAUUCCGCUAGGUGGGGGCAGCUAAACCCAUUUCUGAAUAGGUUUUCUGGACAGAAAACCUA